AUGAAGUUCUUAUACUCUCUAAGAGAUGUUUCUGCUAUACCUUCACUUGAAUUUGGGCAAUUGGCACUGGAUUUCAUGUGUGAGGAGUCAGAGCGUCAUUUUGAAAUGAUUAUGAACAUACCAAGUGUUGAGGAAAUGAACAAGCCUUCAUAUAUUGGUGGAUGUCUUCCUAUUUGGGGAAUCAUUUAUCUGGAUUUUGUUGAUUUUGAUUUUAUUGAUAAUCAUCAGUCAACUGUUGAUAGGAAUUAUGAGUCUAGGAAAUUUUUUGGGGUUUUACCACUCCGAGACAUAUCAUGCACACCAUAUGCUAAUGUGGUCCCAGUUAACGGUGCUCAUGAUGCUCCUGGUGUGUUUAAUUCAGUUCCUUCUGUGGAGGUCAACAAUGGUAAUACUGUUCAUGAAGCUCUCAAUGAAAACAAGUCAAUUGAUUCAAAAAGUCUAGAUAUCAUUUCAGCAGUUCCCAGUUGCACUGCAAAAGUUGAACCAGACAUAAAAUUCAAACCAGAGUCACAUUUGAAAUCAGAGGCCCCCUCCAAUGAUGUAGUUAAGAACGAGCCAAUCAGACCAAAAUUUGAGAACAUUUCUGUCCUGAAUUCGGUGUACCAAACACCAAUUUUUCCAGUCAAUGGUACACCUCUGAACACCAACCCUGUUGGGCAUCCUACCACUUCACUACCUAAGGAAGAAAUUUUUCUAUCGACUGAAGCACCUGAUAUCAAUUUAUCUAGUGGGGUUGAUGCAAAAAGAAGUUUUAUAUUGAUUAGUUCUGCUUCUCCAAAUGAAAGAGUGGAACACUUUGAAGGUACUGCAAUCAUUAUUCAGGAUGAUUCUCCUAUCACUCCUGCUGGUGUGACUAAUGAAGACAUACUAGCCUCUCACUGUGAUACAAGUGUAGGAAUGUCAAUGAACAUGGACUUUGCUGUCCAACAAGACUUUUCUACAAUGAAUAAUGCAGAAGCUGGACCGAGUAUAGGAACUAACACAAUGGAAAAGAAGAACAGAAAGAAAAGAGCAGCUAAAGUUCAAUCCCCCGAACCACCAAAGAAACUCAAAAUCUCUCACGAAGUGGAUAUCUUCUUUUCCAAAUAUCUGAUGAAGCCUAUAUUCCAAGAAUAGUUAAUUCUCUUAUUCCUUUAGUUAUUUUAUCAUUUCUUAUUUCAUUAAAUUAUGAGAACUUUUUUAGUCUACACAUCUACCUAGAAAAAUAAUUGUAGGCAUUUUCUAAUCUGCAAGCAAUUUUAUGGACUAAAUUAGUUGUAGACAUUUUUCAUCAUAUUUUGUAUUAUGAAAUCCGAACAAAUUUAUGGAUCACCUCAAAGGUAGUUCAGAUAAAAAACUUUGUAGUUCAUACAAUUUUAGACUAAAAAGAAAUUAUAUGGAUACCAAACUAAUUUAGUUUACAGCUCAAUGUUCAUACCCCUAUAAAAGGAUGUUUAACCUUUUGUUUUGACCACCAUAGCGUUGUAUAUGUAUUUUUUAAUUGUUAAACUAUAUUUUUAAGAUCCUUUUUCUCAAUUUAACAUUAGUUAUGCUUGUUUAUUCUGUCCAGCAUUCUUUUUGUUGACAUAGAGGGUUUUCCUGUAAGCUAUGAGAAUUACUUAAAUUCAUUUAAAGCGAGGGGUGAGAUUGGAGAUGAAGUGAUGAACUCAUUUAUUCAAGUUCUUAACUAUGAAUCAAAGAUGUCAUCUGAAGUAAAGCCUUACGUUAAGAAGUACUGUUUCACUUCAUACUCCACUGUUAGUUUUCCUUCUAACCUACCUAUUUGGUUCUCUUUUGACCAAUUUUUCUUUUUACUUACAUUCAAUGUGAGAUAUUUACUAAUUUUCAUUUUGUUAUUCACAGAAUAAAUUGUUGGUCCCCCCGAGUUAUUUGAUCCAGUUUCGUGCAUACGAGAAUUUGACAGGAUUAAUUCAGAAGAAAGCCUUUGGAAGCAAGACUUGUUAUACUUCCCUACUGUAAAAUCAAACCAGUGGUUUGUACUUUCCAUCAACUCUCUCUUUGAGAGAUCUCACUUUUUUGAUCCCUGUGGCACCAUUCUGGGAACUACCCAGCAAGAACUUGUCUAUAACUUGCUUUCCAACUACAACAUGCUUUGCAAGCUGAGUAAAAAGCCAUUCAAGAAUGUAUUCUCUUUCAAGCUUGAACCUGUGGGACCUUACCCAACAAACUGUCUAAUGCAUGACUCAGGCCACUAUCUGCCUUUGUACAUCGAAAAUUUCGAAGGCAAAGCUAUGAAGACUUUCAGUGCGGCGAACAUUCCAAAGUACAGAAUGAUAUCUGCGUUCAAGUUAUUCAAAAGCACUUUGAACAAGCUCAAGAAAGAAGAUCUGCCAAUAGGAAAUUGACUUUCCCGCAACAUCCAUCUGCAAACAUUUUGAAUGUGUAAUUGAUCGGGAGAAAAGAAUGCAUUUUCCUGUCUACAAUAGUUUCAUCUGUAAUCAUAUGGUAGUACAUAGUACUACUUGUUUAAACAUAUGUCACCCUCGAGCAACUGCUAUACUCUUGGAUAUGUACUUUUUUUGAAUCCAAAUGGCAUACUAUAUUUUCCUUGAACUAUAUAGUAUCUAUGUUGGCGUAC